UUCCUGCUUUUCUUCCCCAUUCUCCAGAUCACUGUAGUGCACUCACUCUCGCUACACUCCCUCCCUCCCUCCACUUUCUAUCGCCGUUAAAAAAUCGAAAAUCUGCCUCAUCCACUCAGAUUCAGCUCUUUGUUCCUCCGAUUCGUCAGAAAACAAAUAUCUCCUAUAUAUGUCUCGUCAGCCUAAUGAAGAAUUUCAGGAAUGGUGGAACAAACAGAGAGCAAAUAGCAAUGACGACAACCUCUUCCCUUUGACUAUUGAGAUCAGUAGCCCUAAUGUUGACCAGAAGGAACAUACUCGUACUCGUAGUGCUCGUCAACUCUCCUGGAUUUACCUUCUUAAAUUCCAGCAAAUCGCUAAUUCAAUCGCAUUCCUCACUAAUCGAUUCGUCUCUAUUGUUCGUACAGCUAAUCGCCGAAUUGUGACCUCCAAUUCAUCGCCACCUAAGUCAGAUUCUAGACUUUACCGUGUAAUUAAACUGUUUUUAACAGUUUCAGUGAUAUUAUUAGUGUUUGAGCUUAUUGCUUACUUUAAAGGAUGGCAUUUCAGUCCACCAACUGUGGAAUCGGGUUAUGUGUAUGCGAAUUGGAUAGAAAUUAGGGCAAAUUAUUUGGCGCCGCCAUUACAGAGUUUGACGAAUAUGUGUAUUGUGUUGUUUCUAAUACAGUCGGUUGAUCGGAUUGUGCUUGUAUUUGGUUGCUUUUGGAUUAAGUUUCGACGACUUAAACCGAAAGCUGAGAUUGAGUAUGGUGAAAAUGAUGUGAAUGUUGAGGAUUAUCCUAUGGUGUUGAUACAGAUACCUAUGUGCAAUGAGAGGGAGGUAUACCAACAAUCGAUUGCAGCAGUAUGUAUCCAGGAUUGGCCUAAGGAGAGAAUGCUCGUACAAAUAUUAGAUGACUCAGAUGAUUUGGGUGUUCAGGGACUUAUCAAGGCUGAAGUACAAAAGUGGCAACAGAGGGGUGUGCACAUUGUUUAUCGUCAUCGUCUUAUACGCACAGGCUAUAAGGCAGGGAAUCUGAGAUCUGCAAUGAGUUGUGACUAUGUAAAAAAUUAUGAAUUUGUAGCAAUUUUUGAUGCAGAUUUCCAACCAACACCAGAUUUUCUGAAGAACACUAUUCCCUACUUCAAGGGACAUGAUGACGUCGCUCUUGUCCAAACAAGGUGGGCUUUUGUGAACAAGGACGAGAAUUUGCUUACGAGAUUGCAGAACAUAAAUCUUGCGUUUCAUUUUGAAGUAGAGCAACAAGUCAAUGGAUGGUUCAUUAACUUCUUUGGCUUCAAUGGCACUGCUGGUGUAUGGAGAAUCAAGGCCCUUGAAGAAUGCGGAGGCUGGUUAGAGCGAACAACAGUUGAAGAUAUGGAUGUUGCUGUCCGUGCUCACCUUUGCGGAUGGAAAUUUAUCUAUGUGAACGAUGUUAAGUGUCUUUGUGAACUACCGGAGUCUUACGAGGCAUAUAAGAAGCAGCAACACCGGUGGCAUUCUGGUCCAAUGCAACUUUUUCGCCUGUGUUUUUCCGACAUAUUGCGUUCAAAGGUUAGUUGGUUCAAGAAAGCCAACCUGAUAUUUCUUUUUUUCCUCUUGCGGAAGCUCAUCCUACCAUUUUAUUCAUUUACUCUCUUUUGUAUCAUUCUCCCACUCACCAUGUUCCUCCCAGAAGCCCAGUUACCAGCUUGGGUCGUCUGCUAUGUGCCUGGACUUAUGUCUGUCCUCAAUAUUCUUCCAGCCCCACAAUCAUUCCCUUUUAUUGUACCCUAUCUUUUAUUUGAAAACACAAUGUCUGUGACCAAAUUCCAUGCCAUGAUAUCAGGGCUUUUCCAGUUAGGAAGUUCUUACGAGUGGAUUGUUACGAAGAAGUCCGGAAGAUCAUCGGAAGCUGAUUUAGUUGCAAUGGUGGAAAAUGAAUCUGAACCUUUAUUGGAGAAGAAGAGUACUGUCUCAAGGUCAUCAUCAGAAUCAGGCCUCGCUGAGCUUAGCAAAUUAGAGAUGACCAAGAAAAUGGGAAAGAGGAAGAGAAACCGUUUAUACCGGAAAGAGCUUGCCCUUGCAUUUAUAUUAUUAACAGCCUCUGUCAGAAGCUUGUUAUCUGCUCAAGGGAUUCACUUCUAUUUCCUGUUGUUUCAAGGGUUUACUUUCCUUGUCGUUGGUCUUGAUUUGAUUGGCGAACAGGUGAGCUGAUCAUAAGAUCCCUAUAGGAUAUCUGGCCACGAAUUCAGUUGUGGUAAAUCCUCUCAGAAGGGCUGACGUACUGCUUGUACAUGUGAUUGUGGUACCUGGCUCCCUAUUCCUACAUUUAUGUAGUCGACACACACAAUUUUAACGAAGGCUGCAUAAGAUAUGGCAGUCAUAUGUAAUCAAUUGAUGCCAAGGUGGAGAUUGAAAUCAAUACUGGUAGGAUCUGCCAUCUGCCUGCCUCUUGGUUUGAUGUAAUUUAAUACAUGUUUAUCUGUAAUAGUAUGUAACCAUCGAGUAGUCUGUUUUUGUUUGGUCAAGUUUGUGAUUCUUUAUUUUUGCCAUUGACAGUUAUAUAUAGUUAAAUUUUGGGAGAAA